UUUUAUUGAAUUUGGAUUAUAGGUGGAAAUAUGAGUGGGGAGGUUAUUGGAGUUAGUGAGUUUUUAAGCAGAACGAUUGAUACAUCGAAGCAUCUUAAGAGCUAUCAGAAGUCUAGUCUCAAUAAGAGAAGAAUCAGAGGUGGAGUCAGUAAAGAAGAAUACGAAAAAAUGUUCGGACAUCAUAAUCGGAGAAAGCAACCUAGCUUCAUGCAGAAAAAUGAUAGCUUCAGUUCGAUAGGAUGGGGAGUAGGCAAAAAGAAGCUUAUUACCCUCCCAGCCCUCUCAGAUCAGUCAAAAUAAUGCCUUAAAGAAGAGGAAAUCUGUUGAAGAAACUGCUGCCAAGGUUUAUCUCAACUCUCCUAUGAAACUAAAUGAUGAUUGCUUAAACUCUCAAGAAUCUCCACAAGGAAUGGACAGAAAGCCAUCUUUUAACAAUAGAGAUUUUGUCAAACAAAUUGAUAGGGAAUAUAGCUCAACAGGAGCAAGUGGGUUUUUAAGAAUGAACGGCUCCUUUUCAAAUCAUGUAGACAAGAAAUUAAAUCUUCAGCCCGAUCUUUAUCACUCUCUAAACAUGAUUAGUCAGAAGGACGCAAUAUUUAGAAAAUUUGCUAACUCUGUUCACAACUUCUCUUAUGAUGCUAGGGAUAGUAGGAGCACUACCCUUGGCAAUACCGGAAGUGAAAAUAUGACUGGAGCGUCCUCAAAGCUGAAAAGAAUGUACAACAAAUGAGAAAGACAUGAAAACUGGAAGAAAUUUCAAGCAAAGCGAUAUCCUAAAAGUAAUUUCACUAAUCAUAAAAAUGUGGUUAGUACACUUCCGGUGCUCAAAUCCCACAAAGAGAAGAUAUUAGUACCAAAGAGGACAUCUGUAAUCAGACGAAGAUAGGUACAUCUACUAGAGACAAAACAACUAGAAGAUAAGUCAGCACCGUGAGUUUUAUUUUGCUAGGCGUUAUU